GACGGAGAUGGGAGUCAACAUACCACUUGAAGGUGUAGGUAGCCAUGGUUCAGGCUUCGGAUCGGGUUGAAAGUAGCAAAAGCUGGACGAGGAAAAUGCGAAGGGAUGCAAGAUGCAGCAAUUCAGCAGCAGCAGCGGACCGAUGAGUGGGGUGCAGCUAGUGCUAGCUUCCAAGGUUCGCGUUCUCGUUCUGUCGGACAGCCUACAGGGCUCGCAGGAGAAAGAGAUAUGAUGCAAGAAGGGUUGGGAUUGUCGAGCGACAGGUCCCGGAGAAAAGGGAGAGAGGGAGAGAGGGAGAGAGGGAGGGAUAUGAAGGUGGUGGUGGUGGUGGUGGUGGUGGUGGUGGAUGGAAGGCUAGGCGUAGUGGUAGUGUAUAAGAAAGGAAGAGGUUGGGGAGGAGGCUGUUGGAGCAGAGCAGCACAAAACACGGCAGAGAGCCCCAGUCGCUAUGAUCAACUAGCACUGCACGCACAAACGACGAUACGCCACAGGACUAAUGAGUAUUAUAAUGAACAAGAUUGCGAGAGGGAGAGAGCAAUUGGUGUUUUGGCCAGGGCGGAGAAAGACAAUGGAACAAAGCUAAGUGUGUUUUGUUGGGCUUCACUGGCAACAAACAGGCCAGCACCGUGCACUCAGUCAGACACAGACUCACUCAUCUUGACUGUGCACAGUCUGAAGUGAUGAUUAGACGGUCAUGGAUAAUUAGUAGGAGUAUCCAUUGUAUUCAGUGAUGACGUGCACUCUGCCAUCUGGGCGACGGUGAGGGUCUUGCCAGG